AUGGAGNAUAGAGUAGACAGCUUAUUUAGGUUUCUCCACAAGUUAUCGAGUCUAAGAACAAGGAAUUUACCACUAAGAGAAGGCUUAUUGGCUUCAGAAAGCAGCUUUUCUGGCGAUCCUUCUGGAAACAAAGGGCUACUCUACAGGCUUAUAGAAAAAGUGUUGAUCAAACAAGAGAUACCAGGUUUAGAAUACCAUUCUUCUACUGUCGGAAGGUUUUUAAAAAGCGGGUUUGGAAGGUUUGGUCUUGGUCAGGCAAAACCGAGUCUAGCAGACCAGAGUGUCAUUCUUGUCUUUGUCAUUGGAGGAAUCAAUGGUCGAGAGGUUUUGGAAGCUCAAGAGGCUGUGUCAGAGAGCGGAAGACCGGACAUUAAUCUUGUUAUUGGAGGAACGACACUUCUAACUCCUGACGACAUGUUCGACUUAUUGAUGGGACAGUUCAGCCAUUUUUGAUCUUUUUCAAAAAAACCUCACUCUCAUAACCCCUCUGUUAUUAGCUUGUAAAGCUGUAUAUUAGAAACUAGAAGAACGAAAAAAACCUUGAAUAUGAUCGAAUAUCGAAUGUUAAAUUUACAAAACUAUA